AUGUACAUGAACACAUCUCAGUUUAUUCAAGAGGGGGGGUUUCCUGAUGAGGACGUAUCAACUGACUCGGUCGAUCCUGGUCUCAACCGAGGCUAUGCGUACUUCGUCGAGGAAACCGAGUACAAGGCUCACCUGAAAACGCACGACAAAGGCGAGAAGGUCGAGAAGAGCACGUGCAACAGCCACGACGCCGUGAAGCUCGCAAAUAUGAGAGGAAGUAACGGCACCGCGGCUAGUGGAGUUGGGACUGUAGAAUGUGUACGCCACGACAUGAAGCGACCAUGCUCGGUGGGCGACCUCCAGAAGGGCGAGCGGUACGUCAACAUGGACUACCUGUUUGCGAGUAGUCUGCGCCAGCAUACGACGACACGUGUUGUGGUUUCCUAUGACAUCGCCUGUCAGUGGAGCGUCAACCUCUGGCAAAGGAUGCUGCAGUACGACUUUGAUUGGGACGUCGACAGGCGAACAAUCACGUUUCUCAUUCCCAAAUUCCACCUUCCAGCGCAUCAGGAGAGUUGCCAUACCAAGUACUCGUUCCACUUCAUCAAACAUGUGGGGCGCACGGACGGGGAGGCUGUUGAGCGUGGGUGGGCCGCGGUGAACGGGUUCUCUGGCAGUACAAAGGAGAUGGGACCGGGCUCCCGUCGCGACGUCCUUGAUGACGCCUUCGGAGACUAUAACUGGCGCAAGGUUGUCCAGCUCCUAAUUAUUGACGUGUCCGUAGCGAAGACUUUGUUUGACAGGGUCAAGACCGCAGUCGAAGAGCGCAGCAAGCAAGUUGCUGAGUUCCAGGACCUCACGCAUGUCACGAAUCCCACGCACAUCGCUGAGUGGACACAGCAGGUCGAAGCUUGGGAAGACGGAGCCGACUACAAUCCGUUUGUCGCCACUCGUCGUGCCAUCUCGCUGGCUUCCGUACGCCUUUCUCUCGCCGAGGAGGAGUCAGCUGCUAUAGAGUCCGGAGAUCUCGUCUUACUGCACGGCGACGUGUCUCCGAGCAUGCUGAUCAUUGCUGGCCUCGAGAUCGAGGAGCUACAGCGUCGAUUGCAGAGAGACGCAGCAUCUAUCGGUACAGACGGCACAGAUACGCAGCGCGCAGAGAUUGUCCGCAGGCGUAGCAACCUCAAGCUACGAAUAAAUGCAUGGCGAGGGUACCAAGACCUCUAUAUGCCAGGAGUGCUGCGUCUGCGGUCCGCAGACGAUUCGGACGCACCUCUUCAGCCAGAGAACACUCCCUUGUAUCUCCCUUCGGCCUUGGUUGGAAAUCCGCUUGUCGCGCCCACUCCUUCUCUGAAAGAAAUUGAGCGACGCCUCCGCCAUGCACAGGCCAAUGAUACACUGGACCAAUUACGGCGACACCUCCGCGCCCGGAGCCAUCUCUACAUGGUGAAGGACAGGGACGUUCGUGGGCAGAGAUACAAUACACGGUCACAGACUUACAUCAAGACUGUUGAAGCCCGAGUGCAGGCCGAUGCAGCUCGCUAUCGCGUUGCUCAUAGCGCCCUCCUCGCUAUGGAUCCACCGGACGAGCACGGCUGGCAGAAGUACUUCCGACCGUUGGAACAGAACGACGUCCGAGGAAUGAAGGACCCGAAGAUGCACGGCAGUCAGAGGGAAGAAGGACACUGUCCUGGAUAUGGCGGACGUCCGCGUUCACCAGCAGUGAUGACAAUGACGACGACAAUGACGAGGAGGAUUAUGAAGCUGUGCGCAUCGAAUGGUGCAAAUCGCGGGCGCGCGCUCAUCGCUGGAGCGAGGAAUGCGAUCUUCUUCAAGAGGAAAUGCGACGUGUUAUAG